AGCAGGCUUAUCGUGCGAAAAUGAGUCUCGCGGGCGUGAGAACCGAUCUGUCGUGCAAUCGGUCGCGACGACGGUAAAAGGGAAGCGUCCGUGUUUUUCGCGGCGCAAGUGGCAUGUGUUCGCUUUCCUGGCGGGACAUCGCGUGCAACGACGACGACGGUGGUGGUCGGAGGCGGUGGUGGUGAUCUCCGCGGGCGAAAACGGCCCUUUUUCUCGGCGUCGGCACGCGACGGAGUCUGUGUGUGUCAACGGACCUGAGCGAGAGCCCCAAUGGAGCCGCGUCCUCUCGCCGUCCUGUUGUUGACUCUACUGACAGCGCUCGCGAAGGUCAACGCGGGAGGCUUGGACUUCAUCAUCGAGCCGCAGGAUGUGGUGGUGGAACAGGGCGGUCCUGCGAGGCUGGACUGCAAGGCGAGGAGCGUCUUCGGAACGCCGACCAUACAGUGGCGUACGGACGACGGCCCGCCGAUCUCAUUUAUCGGGGACACUUAUCGAUCACAGCUAGCAAACGGAUCCUUGUACAUAAAUAGCAUUUACGCCGGCAGCGCGGAAUUGACCGGAAGUUAUCAGUGCUUAGCUUCCAUAGAUAAUGUCGGAGCGAUUGUAUCCCGUACGGCCACGAUCAAGCUAGCAAGUCUGCCCGGUUUCGAGAGGGAGCCUCAGGAUACUAUGGUUUACGCGGGACAAAUCGCGUACUUGAGCUGCGCAUUGCCCGCUUCGUCGAGUUUACUGAAGAUACAGUGGCUAAAGGACGAACAUCCUUUGCAGCUCGAUAAAACUCGAAUGACAAUCCUGCCGUCAGGUGCGUUGGAAAUAAAUGACGUUCAGUAUCGCGACGUUGGAUCGUACAGAUGUAACGCCAGCGGCUACGGCCAAUAUAGACUGAGCAACAAAGCGCAAUUAGGAUUAUUAUCUAGUGACAUUGGCCGUGCAGAUGAGGGUACCAGCGCUCCGGUAUUUAUCGCGCAGCCUCUACAACAGGUAGCCGUCGAGGGAUCUGACGUGACUCUCGAAUGCGCUGCCAAUGGUUACCCGAAACCGACAAUUCUCUGGCUCAAAGACGGCGUCGCUCUCGAUUUAACGUCAUUCGAUUCUAGGUAUCGCAAAGUUGCAGCGUCUAGUCUCAUGAUCACAGACGUAAGAGAAUCGGAUCACGGUUCGUAUCAGUGUCGCGCGGAAAACGAGGUGGAGUCUUUGGACGCGGUCGCCGAAAUGAUUGUGCAAGUCCCGCCGAAAUUUCUGAAGAAACCGGAGGAUAAAUUCGCGAGCGAGAAUCAGGAUCUGGAAUUCGAAUGCGAGAUCUACGGGAAACCGGCGCCAAAAAUCAUGUGGCUGAAGAACGGCGAGCGCAUCACGCUGAGCGCGUACUGGCAAAUCGUGAACGGAAACAAUUUGAGAAUCAACGGACUGUUGCCUAUAGACGCGGGAAUUUUUCAGUGCAUAGGAAUGAAUCCUGCUGGUAGCGUUCAAGCAUCGGCACGUCUCACGAUUAACCAGCCCAGGAGAAAGAGUUUCCAUAGCACAACCACCCCCAAGUCAAUUCCUAAAAAAAAGUUGCUGCAACAUCGACAAUUGUACAAUAGAACGUGGCAGCAUCCGAGCACACUUCUCGGACACACGUCGUCGCAACUCACAACAGACUCACCGCUUCCUAUAAGCGCCUCGGACGAUCCCGCGGAUUUUUUCCCGAUCUUGAUUAGCGGUUCCAAGUCCUCUUACACUCCAGACCCUCCUUUUGUAGAUGAUACAGAGAGUCUGGAGGCGUUCGACGGAGGUGGCGUGCCCUCGCCGCCGAGAAACCUGAGCCUCGUCAUCGUUACCGCGCGAUUCGUCACGCUACGCUGGCAGGAGCCAGAGAACAUGAACAGCGACGUGCUAAAUUAUUCCAUACAUUACAAACAGGAAGGGGCCAUGAGGGAAAGAGUAAUCAACACGCAACAGAAACUGGAGGCUAUGAUUCGCGGUUUGCAGCCCAGUAUGACGUAUCAGUUCCAUGUAGUUGCGCAAAACGCCCGGGGGUUCAGCGCCCCGAGCGAGGUGUUGCAAGUUACAACGUUAAUAGAGGCAAACGUUCCGGGACCGCCGAUGAAUCUGGAAGGUCACGCGACAAGCAGCAUGAGCAUCACCUUGUCGUGGGAAGAACCGCAAACCGUUAACGGCCGGAUAUCUAAAUAUAUUGUCACAUUUGAGAGCAACGGUGUAGAGGAAACGCGUGAAGUUACUCCAACAAAUACUAUCAGUACGACGUACGAAUUGGUGGACCUCGUGCCUUAUACGGAAUACAGUAUUAGAGUUCAGGCGGUCAACGAAAAUGGCCCGGGCGCGUUUAACAAAGAUAUCGUAAUUCGCACCCACAGCGCACAACCCACGCAGCCACCGCAUAACGUUACAUUAGAAGCGGCUAGUUCAACGAGUAUUAUUGUGAGAUGGGAACCUCCGCUCGAGGGCCAGAACGGGAUUAUUCUGGGUUACAGAAUCCGUUAUCGUAGAUUUCCUCACGAUCCUAGAUCCGGGGACCGACGAACCCCGGUCACGAUAACGACCGAGGGGAAUCAACGUUUGUACGUGCUCAACGGGCUCGAGAAGCAUGUUGUGUAUCAAGUUCGCAUAUGUGCCUUUAACGUCAAUGGAACCGGGCCUUGGUCGGAAUGGACCAAGAUAGAGACGUACGAGAACGAUUUGGACGAGACUAAAGUACCCGGUGCGCCCGUCAAUGUGAAAGCGAAUAUUGUGGUGGAUAGUAUAGUGGUGACGUGGCAUCCUCCGAAAGAUCAGAGUAUAAAGGUGAGGAAAUACAAAUUGGGUUGGGGCAAGUACCUACCCGACGUCGAGAUACAAGUUCUCGACGGGAAGCAGCGAAGUUACACCAUCAAAUCCGUAGAACCGCAAACGGAGUACGUAAUAACCUUGAGGGCGAUGAACAACGUCGGCGACGGCGAACUGUCGUACGCGAACAUAAGAACUCCCGAGCGUUUUGUAUCCGAAUCUCCAGUGCCUUUGAUACCGCCCGUUGGCCUUAAAGCUAUCGUGCUCUCGUCUACCACCGUUGUGUUGUACUGGACCGACACGACUUUAUCGAAGAGUCAAUACGUCACCGAUAAUCGGUACUACGUGGUACGUUACACGUCUUAUCACCACAGCAGCAGUCCGAGAUACAAGUAUUACAACGCCACCGAUCUCAACUGCAUGAUUAACGAUUUGAAACCCAACACGCAGUACGAGUUCACAGUGAAACUGGUCAAGGGUAAACGCAGUUCGUCAUGGAGCAUGGUCGUUCUGAAUCAAACGCUGGAAGCCGCUCCCGCCACGGCGCCGCGCGAUCUGAUCGUUCAGACUGUCGAGGAUCGUCCGACGUCCGUUCUGUUGCGAUGGCAACCUCCGAAACAACCCAACGGACAAGUCACAGGAUACCUGAUAAGUUAUUCCACCGACAACACGAAGGGUGAUCGCGACUGGCAGGUCGAAGGCGUUAUCGGCGACAAACUGGACGCCAUCCUGACCGGUCUGACUCCCAACACGAUGUAUUACUUCAGGAUCAAAGUCCGCAAUUCCAAGGGAUACGGACCGUUUUCCACGACGAUCUCGUUCAAAACGCUCCAAAUAGGCAAUGGCAUGGAUAUCUAUGAUGAGUUGCAUGGUCGAGACGGCCGAGGUAUUUCCAAUCUACUGAUUUACAUCAUAGUGGGUCUCACGGUCGUCAUUAUCACCGGUGUAUCGGUAGUGGUCGUGGUCUGCUGCAAACGCAAUCCGACUUCACCGGAUCGAAAGAAAGGAUACUUGAAGGACUCGAAUCAGAAGACGAAUAUCAAGCCGCCGGAUUUGUGGAUCCAUCACGACCAAAUGGAACUGAAGGCGCUCGAGAAAUCCUCGUUGAACGGCGAAGCUUCCACCAGCGGCGUCACCAGCAACACUUUACCCAGAUCGAGUAAUCCGGAAUAUAAUCAGGACAACGUACACGGGAAUUCCAGUUCGCUGGACAAACGAACUUACGUGCCAAGUUACAUGGGUAACACUGACGAGAAGUGCUCAACCCUGAGCAGGCAGCACAGUCGUGGAAGCCACAAACCUAAACUAAUUACACUUCCCGUUGACAGUACACCCUUGCAUCAGCCUAUAGCCACGGCUACUCCGAUUGUGAACACCAGCAUGUCGCAGUCGACCAUUCACACCUCGUGCAGCGACACGUCGUCGGUGAGGCAGAACUAUCCGCGAACGGUCGCCCAGUACAGCUUGAACCGGGCGCACGUUACGUUGGAACCAACGCCGGAAUCGAGUCCGGAUUCCUGCAACAUGCCAAGCUCGUACGAGCCGCUGCAAAGCCAGUUGUCGUACGGCACGAGCGGCCAGUCGUACAGCGGGAGCACGCAGUACGCGCCCGGUCAUUACGGCAGCGGUAGUCAGCCGAUGAGCAACACCGGAGUGGAGAGCAACAACAGCAAGCGGUUGCAAGGUCAUCCGCUUAAGAGUUUCAGCGUGCCGGCACCGCCGCCGCAGAGCGCUCCCUCCACGCCGGCGCAACAAAAACACGGUGUGUCACAAGUGACGGUGAGGCCAACGAUGUCCGGAAGUCCGUACAAGAAGCCGCAAGGUUCGUCGUCGCAAUUGGCGAAGAAUCGCUUGGCCUCCGUGUCCAAUCCGGCGCACACGUCGGAGGAAGUCGAACGGUUAAAGCCCUCGUACAGUACCGAAGAACUGAAUCAAGAAAUGGCCAAUCUGGAGGGUCUUAUGAAAGAUCUGAACGCCAUAACAGCAUCGGAAUUCGAAUGCUAAAAAUAGGUUCCUAAGCCUUGUGUGCCAUCCUAACUGAUGGGUAGACUGCAACGUCACAUUCUCAAUGUUAGUAUCCGAGAGGUAAAUUAAUUAAAUGAUUAAUUUGUUUUUUCACGUCGUUCUAAUAAUAACGAGAAUUUUUUACAAUUGCUCCGUCAAAAUUAUUUACUACGAAAAGUGAAAUACAUAUUAAUUGAUUAAUUAGCGUCGAUGAACGACGCAAUUAACGACGCGCGAUCUCGAAUAUUUAAGUUGACAAAUAAAUAUCGUUAUCGUGUAAACUUUGAAUUUGCGGCGCGAAAUUUCUCGUCGCCAAAAUCAUUCCACACGUAAUUAAUGUUUCCUCUCUUCGGUACUAACGUUGCUGCUUUCGUUGUUUCGAGCGCGCGGAGAGAGCGCUCGAAACGUAUCGUAACUUGCCAAUGUAUUCCGCACAGCGUCACGUUUUUCCGUGGCGUAUUUUUGAUAAGCGCGAGCGUACCGUGCCGCACGAGACGAAAGGCACUUGCCUAUUAUUAUACAAAAAAAAAAAAAAAAAA